AUUCAGUGCGGUGAGUGUGUAUACCACGGUGGUUUAUAAUGUCUGAUCACGUGAUUGAUGUUGAUUUUGAAGAUGAUGAUAUUGAUGACGAUGUCGUUUCCAGGACAGUUAAAGUGACCUUAGACAAGAAGGUAAUGGUUUAUAGGCCAACGAUUUUCAAGAUGAUAUGUUUAGCUUUAGAUUCAUCCAAGGCUGUUGAAGCGAUUAGUAAAAGGGACAAGUCUGAAGAAUGGUACGUUACUCUUAAAUCUAGUAAAAUGGUUGAAGCACUAAUUGACAUAGGUAGCGGUACGUACAAUGGCAUAAGAUAUUAUUUUUGUGACGCAACCAAGUCGGUGGUGAACCUACGAGUACACUGGGUGCCCAGAUACGUUAAGGAUAGAUUUUUAAGGAAGAUUUUUGAAAGAUUUGGCGAGGUGACCCGGGUUUACGAAGAGAGAUCGUCUUACGAGGGGGUACAGCUUGGUACAGGAAUGCGAGCAAUAACUUUAGUAGUUUCUGAUUUUUUAAAGACCCCUAUUCCGCACAUGAUACGGGUUGAGAAAAGUAAUCUGCGUAUGCUCGUAACUGCUCCAGGCAGGCUGCCACUAUGUUUGAAAUGUAACUGUAUUGGUCAUGUUGCUGAGGCAGUAUCGCCCCCACGUCCUAGCGCAAUUUCAGCUGAGCAGGUGCCUGCGGUCGAGGUAUUGAAAGAAGGUGAAAAGGAUGGUAGUGAGGAUGAAAGGGAAAUUGAUCAGAACAGCGAAGAUGGUGAUAAACAGGUAGAUGGAAUGGAAGGUUGUAGAACCGCCACUUUAAACUGUUUAGAAAGUGUAUAUAGUGUGAUGUUGUUUUCUGUCGUCUGCUGCGAUGUUUGUACAGAGUAUGGUUUUAUACACACACCAGUCACUGUAGCCUUUACUCACCACUGUUCAUGUGUGUUAACAGGUAAAAACGUAAUCACUGUAAGCCUGUACGUUUUUGUCUAUCUAGUAUUCAUAAUGGGUUUUUGCCAAUUAAAUAUUUUUAUAUGUAUUUUAUUGAAUUAUCUUAUUAUUGUUUCAAUUUCUAUCAUUGCUGUUAUUUCCCCAUCUACAAUAAAAUGUCAAUUCCAACUUUAAAUAUUAUCACUAUUAAUGUUAAUGGUUUAGCUGCUUAUAAACGUAAAAGACUUGUAAUGAACGAUAUUAAUUCGCAUAAAGCUGAUGUUGUAUUCUUACAAGAAACACACAUUCAGUCUGUAGCAGACGGCAAAAUGUUAGAAUCUUUUGGUGACUUUAAGGCCUUUUGGAGUUUCGGGGCAAAUAGAGAAAAGGGCGUGGGGAUACUUUUAUCUAAUAGAAUUAAUUUUAACAUUAUUAAAUUUGAUUUU